AUGCCGUUGGUGAAGCGCAAUAUCGAGCCCCGCCAUCUCUGCCGGGGGGCCCUUCCUGAUGGGGUGACCAGCGAGCUGGAGUGCGUGACCAACAGCACUUUGGCUGCCAUCAUUAAACAGUUGGGAAGCCUCAGCAGACACGCUGAAGAUAUUUUUGGUGAACUCUUCAAUGAAGCCAACAGCUUUUAUUUGCGGAUGAAUUCCCUGCAGGAACGAGUGGAUCUUUUGGUGAUCAAGGUCACUCAGCUGGACUCCACAGUGGAAGAAGUCUCCCUGCAGGAUAUCAACAUGCGGAAAGCUUUCAAGAGCUCGACCAUCCAGAACCAGCAGGUGGUGUCGCGCAAUUCGAUUCCCAAUCCUGUGAUGGAGAUGUACCAGCGUUGUGAUAAGCCUCCGCCCUUAAAUAUCCUCACUCCGUACAGGGAUGAUAAGAAAGAUGGCUUAAAGUUCUACACGGACCCGUCCUAUUUCUUUAACUUGUGGAAAGAGAAGAUGUUGCAAGCCACAGAAGACAAGAGGAAAGAGAAACGCAGGCAGAAGGAGCAGCGACUGGUUGAGGAUUCCACCCGGGAGGUGAAGAAAGUGCGGAAAGCGCGAAACCGGCGGCUGGAGUGGAACAUGAUGGCUUACGAUAAAGAAUUCCGGCCGGAUAACAGGUUCUCACCAUCCCCAUAUCACAUGGCUUCAUCGGAAGGAUCACUGUCCCCAGAUAAUAGAUCUUAUGCAUCCGAUGUAGCUGAUCAUUCCUACCCAGCCAGUCCUAACCAUCCUGGCCAACAGAUGAUGGCCCCAACCUCACAUCUGGCCGCCGAGAACAAAGAAGUGGUGCUGGUGGCCACCCAGAUCCAGGAUCAGAUCUUCAGGCCCUCGGCAGUGGGAAGCCGGCAGAACAGCCUCAACCGGGUACAGCAGCCCCAUGUGCCACAGCCAUCCGAGACUAUGUUAAAUGGACCAAGACCGCAGAUAAUCAAGGACUAUGGUCCUCAACCAGUGCCAAUGGCAGACUACUUUGUGCCGCCUGCUCCUCCGCCCCCGCCCCCAGUCAUCCCCUCUGCUCAAACUGCCUUCGACAGCCCCAUCUCAGCACCUUCUGCCAUGGCGCCCAAUGCGGCCCUUUCCAUUAGCCACGCCACCUACGUGCCGACCCCUCCCCCUGCUGUGCCCUGCCCCUAUUCUGCCUCUCCCCCCCAGGCUGGCCCCAUGGGACCUCCUGUUGCACCUCCCCCUCCACCCCCUGGCCCCCCCACCAUCUCGGCCUCCCCUGCACACACAGCCUCACCGCCUGCCCUGACGGUGGAAACCCGGAAGCCGCCGGUGCCCCUGAUUCCAAUGACCGAUGCCAGGAGUGACCUGCUUGCUGCCAUCCGCCGGGGAAUUCAGCUGCGCAAAGUCCAAGAGCAGUGGGAACAGGAAGCCAAGAAAGAGCCGGUGGGGAAUGAUGUGGCCACGAUCCUCUCCCGAAGGAUUGCUGUGGAAUACAGCGAAUCAGACGACGACUCGGAGCUGGAUGAGAACGAGUGGUCCGAUUAG